CUGAGAGGAUUCCGUAUCUAUACUUGUAAACAGAUCCAUUGACCAAUGUAAUCUGCUAGACAGGUCACAGAGAUGAAAAGAAGUUUAGCGUUUCUCGGUCGUUCUCUUUCCACCAGUACACGACACGGGGGGAAAUUCAAUGAACCACUGUCUGGAAAUGAAAUGCCCCGAUCCGGGGGGAUAGCAUCUAUGAUGCGCCUACCUAUCCAGAACGAUACACAAGGUCUGGGAGCCUGUUUUGUGGGGAUACCGAUGGACAUCGGGACAUCAAAUAGGUCUGGGACUAGAUUAGGUCCAAGACAAAUCCGGAGCGAGUCCGCACUCAUCCGAAAGGUCAAUAUCGCCACAGGAGCCUCGCCUUUCGACUCCUUCCAAGUGGCUGAUGUGGGUGACGUGAACUUUAACCUUUACCAUCUCCCCAAGGCCUGCGAGGACAUCCGUGAUCAUUACCGGAAGUUGAUCAGUACUGGGUGUGUUCCUCUGACGAUGGGGGGAGACCAUACCAUCAGUUACCCGAUACUCCAGGCCCUGAAGGAGAGGUACGGGCCCGUGGGUAUGGUACACGUGGACGCUCACUCAGACACCAGCGACACGAUGCUGGGGGAGAAGAUCGCGCACGGGACACCCUUCCGUCGGGCGGUGGAGGACGGAUGUUUGGACCCCAACAGAGUGAUCCAGAUUGGCUUACGGGGAUCAAAUUAUUCAGUGGAAGACUAUGACUGGGCCAAAAGUCAGGGAUUUCGGAUAGUGACAGCACAGGAUUGCUGGCACAAGUCCCUGGCCCCCCUUAUGAAGGAGGUUCACGAGAUGAUGGGUGAUAAACCAGUCUACAUUUCAUUUGACAUUGACGGACUUGACCCCGCAUUUGCUCCUGGAACAGGUACCCCCGAGAUAGGAGGACUGACCUCUAUACAGGGACUGGAAAUUGUCCGGGGCUGCAGGGGACUGAAUGUCAUCGGGGGAGAUCUCGUAGAGGUGUCCCCUCCCUACGAUAUGAACGGCACCACGGCGUUGACGGGGGCUAACCUUCUGUUUGAGAUGUUGUGUGUCCUCCCGGGUGUCAAGUACCUCCGAUAGUGAGACGUACCGAGCAGUGCCCUCCCUACAACUGUCUCAGAAAGAACAGCAAUAUAGACCGUGUAACGGGAAUACUGUACAUAAUAAUCAGAGCGCUUAUAUCAUGUUUUAUAGGAAUAAAGUUAUUGUUUGAUUGUUAUAAUACAAAUGAGAAA